UGUAAGGGGAGGGACGCCAUCUUAUUUCUGCUGAAAAUAAAGCUGUGUUCUUUGCUAGAAUGGCUGAAGAAGCGAGGGAACUUGUAGCUCAGGCAGGUCAGGCUGCCGCCCAGCCUGCGAUAGAAAUGUUGGCUGAGUGGGGCCGGGUGUACCUGCGCAUCACCGAUGUUUGGUUGGCUCGUGGCAUGGCUAUAGGUGCGUUCUACCUGGCCAACAGGUACCUAACUAUGAGGGCUGUCCGUCGGGCUGUUGAGAGGAGGGACCCCGACAACCCCGACCAGCCAGCCGACCCACAGGUGGGCUUGGAGGCAGAGGUGGACUCCCUCCUGGUUCCUGUCAUCUUCUACUCCCAGCUGGGCUACCAAUACUUCACCUCCAUCCAGGGUGGCCCCUUCCUCAAGGUCUGCCUACAGACAGAGCUGGAGAAGGUCGGCUAUAAGGAGCCCAUCGACGUGAGCGUGGAGAGGUGGGAGCUACCAAACCUGCCGGAGGGGGGAGCAGGGCCAAUGAUGGGGAUGAUGGGGGAGGAGAGAGUUCUGGGCUGGCUGGCAGAGUUACCGGAAAAGACGAGCAUACUCAGCACAGCAGCAGGGGAUUCUGGGAUACCUGAGGAUGUGUCCUCUGAGGCAGGUGUCUCUACUGUUGCAUCACGGGAGGAUGUAGAGGAGAAGGAGGAGAAGGAGGAGGAGGAGGCUGGACCAUCACAGACGAAACAGGCCAGACUUCAGCAGCAGCCUCCAGUACAGGUCGCACCUACUUCACAGCAGGCUGAGCUACAGGAGGGCCCACUGAAGAGGUGGAGAGCCGGGCUACUGCAGCACGAGGACUCACCAACUGCACAGACAUGGCUCAAGGCCUUCAGCUGCCUGGAGAGGGGGGCAGCCAUGCUGACCAGCGGGGGGUACCAGGAGGGGGAGGGGGUGGAGCACCUGAUGGAGGGGUUCAUACUGAUGGAGUUACUGUCACCUGAUUAUGUUAAUAUAGUCCUUUAUGACCAGUCCUGGCUGCAUCUGGACAAAACAGAGUUGGACCGGCUCAUCUCCAAACAACUGCAAGCUAACCCUGACAGCACCCCCUGUCUGCUAAUACAGGCACUGCAGCUUCCCGAGGGACACAAUCAACAGCAGGCCUUAACCCAUGUGAUAGACGUUGUUCUACAGCAUGGAGAAACAGACCCCAUGUACAAACAUCUGGCUGACAUAUACUUUACUUUAGGCUAUACAAUAUGGCAAACCACCAGACAACCAGCCCCAGCCCUAUCUGUCUUUGCCAGCGCCCUUAUGUACAGAUCUGACCACCUGCUAACCCUGUACUUCACAGCAUGGUGUUCCAUGGAUGUGUCUGUCCCACAGGCCAUUAGGCAGUUUCACCACUACAUCCACACAGCUCCUACAGACGAUCCCUUGGUGCCAUGGGCUCAUUGCUUCCUGGUUAUCCUGUACGGCCGGCAGGACCAAUCUGUCCACAGGGACAGAAUCCUGCACCACUACAACAUGGCCCAGCAGACUGACAGGAACAGGCUGCCUGUGUUUCCACCAGCCCCUAGUGGGGUAACAGACCCAGCCAGGAGGGUGUAUGAACAAGCAUUGGCACAGACCUUCACUAGCGAUGCAUAA